AUGGCCAUGUUGUACCUCUUGUCGCUUUGCGCAGCGGCGGCUUCUCCAGCUCUCGCGUGGAGUCCAGGAUGGAAUGGAUGGGGUUCACAGUCUUGGGAUUGGAAUCACCAUUGCUCGAAUCCAAACACUGGGCCAACUACAACUUCACCGGCAACUUGCUCGGCCACGCGCACAACUGCGUACAGCCAGUUCUCGUAUACAGUCCUGACCACAACGAGAUAUGCCACAGCUAUUCCAUCGCCGCUGCAACUUACAACGACAUAUGCGCCUCCGUUUAGCCAAGUGUCAAGCCUCCUGCCUCCGAGCCCUACUUACACCACGUAUUCUCUCGACCGAAAUGCUACGAGUGUUCAAGACGGUCGUUAUGGACAAGGUGCUUACGCAAGACUGUGGGCGCCAUUGAGCUAUAAUACCAGCAUCCCUUUCACGACUACCGUCUCGCCCACGCCGGUGGCUAGCAGUGAGCUCGUAUAUCCACCGGCGCUAUACACCGCCUGCCCGCAGCAAGCAGACACCUGCGUUGACUGUUAUAAGCUGCCGAAAGAUUUCAUUUGGGGCGUGGCAGGAAGUGCCUUCCAGAUCGAGGGAGGACUAACAGAAGACGGACGAGGGCCCAGUCAGCUUGAUCUAUUUGGAUCGCUACCAAAUACUGCAGACGAGGCCAAUGCUGUGGUCGCGGACAUGAAUUACUGGUUGUACAAGCAAGACAUUGCUCGUCUAGCAGCGGUUGGCAUGCCAUACUACUCAUUCUCAAUCUCCUGGACAAGAGUCGUACCGUUUGGCGAAGCCGGCAGCCCUAUCAACACAGCUGCCCUCGAGCACUAUGACGAUUUGAUCAACACUUGUAUCGAAUACGGGAUCAAACCUAUCGUCACCCUCUCUCACAAUGACUCGCCUCUGAAUGUGACAUUCCAGAACCCGGCGUUCCCAGAUGCUUUUCUUUACUAUGCGAAACAUGUCAUGACCCGCUACAGCGAUCGUGUAUCGGCGUGGGUGACCCUCAAUGAGCCCAAUAUCAAUUUCGGGUCGGACUACUACGCUGUCCCAAACAUCUUACUUGGGCAUGCCAAAGUUUACCACUGGUACAAGGAGACAUUGAAGGGCACCGGCCAAGUCACGAUCAAGUUCGCCAACAACCUUGCCACGCCCCUCGAUAGCUCGAAUCCCGACGACACUCGAGCGGCACUGCGCUACCAAGAUUACAUCUUAGGCAUCAUAGGCAAUCCGAUAUUUCUGGGACAACAGUACCCCGCGGAAGUGCUCAACACGAAAGGAAUCAACUUGACUGCUUUGACUGAUGAGGAGCUAUCGUACAUAAAUGGAACUUCCGAUUUCUGGUCCUUUGAUCCAUAUACAGCAGGCUUUGCUACCAGUCCACCGAAUGGCAUUGAUGCUUGCGCCCAAAAUACGAGCGAUCCACUUUGGCCCACUUGCGUCGUUAACACGAAUGUCCAGCAAGACGGCUGGCUCAACGGGCAAGGCUCGUUUGCAUACGCCUACCUCGCGCCUCAGUACGUUCGUCAGCAACUGGGAUAUGUGUGGAAUGUCUUUCGACCAAGCGGCGUUCUCAUCGCCGAAUAUGGGUUCAACCCCUUCAUGGAAAACGCAAAAACUCUCGUCGCUCAGCAAUACGAUCUUGAGCGGACGCUGUAUUAUGAAGCAUUCCUCCGAGAGACCCUCAAGAGCAUCUACGAAGACGGCGUCAACGUGAUAGGAGCUCUUGCGUGGAGUUUCGUGGACAACGACGAGUUCACAUCCUACUAUCAGCAGUACGGGCUUCAGCAUGUGAAUCGAACGGAUGGACGACUUACUCGAUCGUACAAGAGAAGCAUAUUCGACUAUGUCGACCUCUUCCACAGGUACGUGGAGAACUAG